GCAACAAGGCCUGCUGCCUCCACUCAAAGCCAUCAAUCCAUCAUCGUCCUCAUCUCCGAUCAGCUAGCUAGCUCCGUCAAGCAGCAUGCCUCGCCAUCUUAGUCAGCUCCUUCUCGUCGUCAUGGUCAACUGUGUACUGCUUCAGGCUCUCAGCGUCCACGCCAUCACCCGACACUACAAGUUCAAUGUGGUUAUGAGGAAGAUGUCACGGCUUUGCUCAACCAAGACUAUCCUCACUGUCAACGGCAAGUUCCCGGGGCCGACCCUCUAUGCAAGAGAAGGUGAUAAUGUUCUUGUCAAGGUUGUCAAUCAUGUACCUCACAACGUUACCAUCCACUGGCAUGGGGUAAGGCAGAUCCGAACAGGGUGGUACGAUGGACCAGCCUACAUUACCCAGUGCCCUAUCCAGCCAGGCAGUAGCUUUCUGUAUAACUUCACCAUUACCGGCCAACGUGGUACACUCCUCUGGCAUGCCCAUAUCAACUGGCUAAGGGCUACCGUACAUGGUGCUAUUGUCAUCCUCCCAAAGCUUGGUGUGCCCUAUCCCUUCCCUGCUCCUCACAAGGAAGCAGUCGUUGUCCUAGGGGAAUGGUGGAAAGCAGACAUAGAAACCAUAAUCAACCGGGCGAUGCAACUAGGUGUCGGACCCAAUAUUUCCGAUUCGCACACUAUCAAUGGCCACCCUGGUCCAAUGUCUGAUUGUGCUUCCUCACAAGAUGGGUUCAAGCUCAAUGUUGAAAGUGGCAAGACAUACAUGCUCCGGAUCAUCAACGCUGCGCUGAAUGAUGACCUAUUCUUCAAGAUUGCCGGGCACAAACUAACAGUGGUUGAGGUUGAUGCAGUCUAUACCAAGCCAUAUAAAACCGAUAUCCUGCUCAUCACUCCAGGCCAGACCACUAACGUCCUCCUCGCUGCUGACCAAAGUGCUGGGCGGUACCUUCUCUCAAUCUCUCCCUUCAUGGAUGCUCCUGUACAGGUUGACAACACAACAGGCACCGCUAUCUUGCACUACACCAACACAGUCUCCGCCGCAGCACGCCUAACUCUCUUCAAACCACCACCACAAAAUGCCACCCUUAUCGCGUCGAAGUUCGCUGAUUCUCUGCGAAGCCUCAACUCCAAGGAGUACCCAGCCAAUGUACCACGGACAGUAGACCACUCGCUUUUCUUUACCAUUGGUGUGGGUGUCAACCCGUGCCCGAACUGCAUUAAUGGGACAAGGGUGGUGGGCACAAUCAAUAAUUUGACAUUUGUUAUGCCAUCCACCCCAAUUCUCCAAGCAUAUUAUUACAACAUCCCAGGGGUGUUCACAGAAGAUUUCCCAGCGACACCACCACACAAGUUCAACUACACAGGAAGCGGCCCCAAAAACCUUCGAACUAUGAAUGGAACCAGGGUUUAUAGGCUUCCAUACAAUGCUUCAGUGCAGGUCAUACUCCAGGAUACGGGGAUCAUAUCAACGGAAAGCCACCCAAUCCAUCUGCAUGGUUUUAACUUUUUUGUGGUUGGGAGAGGUAUUGGGAAUUACAGCCCCAAGACUUCCCCUUCCACAUUUAACCUCAUUGACCCCAUUGAGAGAAACACCAUUGGAGUUCCUACCGGCGGAUGGACAGCAAUCAGAUUUAGGGCAGACAACCCAGGUGUUUGGUUUAUGCAUUGCCAUUUCGAGGUCCACACGUCAUGGGGACUCAAGAUGGUCUUUGUGGUGGAGAAUGGGAAAAGACCUAGUGAGACUCUAAUUCCACCACCCAAAGAUCUUCUCCAGUGCUGAUUACAAGAACAGUAAUUGGCUUUUGUCUAAUUGUGGAAAACAGAUGCUGGGACUUGAAACGGUGUUGAUUUACCCAGUGUGUUUUGCAUGGCUCCUUGUACCACAUAUUUUUCUUGCUCCUUUUGAUUUUCUCUUGAUUUGAUUGCCAAGAUAAUGUAUAAAAGACACUCAGGUUGCAAUUAGCUUUGCUGUCCAAUUAACUAUCCCUUUUUUAGGAUAACUGGAAUUGUAUAUGUUGUCAUGUCACAUGAUCAAGAAUUUGAGAAUUAUAGAAAGCUCAGUAUCCCCUUA